UCCAAAAUUUCUUCGUGCAUCAAAUUCAAAGCUAGAGAAAUGGAGUUAAGGUGCAGUUUUUAUGGGGCAAGCAUGCAGGGACCGUCUUCCCAACUUAUUUGCUGGUUCAUUACUUUCAAUUGCGUUGCAAUGAGCAACAGUGCUAGAACAACUUGUCAAAUUCAGAGAUGCCUUGCUGUACAUGCAUCAGGUCGACAGAAACAAAGGUGGAAAAUUCGUGCAUUUUUGUACUAAUAAAGGUACAAAAGUGCAUCUUUUGACAUUUAUCGUGAGAACACAAGAAAGUAAUACAUUAUGUUAAGUGGGGUAUAUAGAAGGAGUCCACGGAUAGUUGAAUUGGAUGCACGGAAAGCACAAGCAAGGAGUCAAAAUAAGGGCAAUGUGAUAUGUGAAGUGGUGGACGAGGAAGAACCAGAGAAGGGGCACGAUAUUUUGAAACAAAAGCGCAGAAGGAAAAAGGUCAAGGCCAGAACUGUCCAAGACCUUGUUGUUAAUUCAGUUGAAUAUAAACUUCAAAAGACUGACGCAGGGAAUGAUGAAGAUGGCCUUGUAAAAAAUGCUGCUAUUGUGCCUUCUGGAGCUGCAAUACCUGAAAAAGGCAAGCUUGAACUACUACUUGGUAUAUUGCAAAGGAGAGACACAUAUAAAAUAUUUGCAGAGCCAGUAAACCCAGAAGAGGUUGAAUACUACUAUGAUGUCAUCAAAGAACCAAUGGAUUUUGGCACGGUUGCAAAGAAACUGAAUGAAGGAAGUUAUCAAACACUCGAAGAAUUUGAGCAUGAUGUAUUUUUGGUACCCAACAAUGCCAUGCUUUUCAAUGCUUCAAAUACCAUAUACUACAGACAGGCACGCGCACUAAAAGAACUAGCUACAAAGCUAUUCCAUGCUCUUAAAACUGAUCCGGAAAGCUUCGAAUCUGAAGCUUCCCUACAAAGAAUGGGACUUGGUAGGAGUACAAAGGCUGGAGUUGGAAUUCUGAACUGUAACAACAAGAUUAAUACUAGCAUUGCAGCUGGGGGUAGGUCAUGCUGCCCAUUUGAGGGCUAUAGAUCUCAUCAACAAUUUAAUGAUGUUGAUGUGGAAAGGCGUCGAACCUAUAGACCUUGGAAGUCUUUACUUAGUGAGAAUGGAUCUUUAUUCUCAGCAGUUCAUAACAGUCCAAAGCCACUUGUUCUGAAUGCUGAGGCAGAUAUUGGAUAUUUAGAGAGCUUAAAGCGGUUUUCUAAAGAUUUGGGCCCAGUAGCUCAAAAGGUUACCAUGAAGAAGGUAAAUAGUUACAUUUCUGAAGCCAUGAGAGUUUGGAAUGUGACUACAAAUAGUCAGGUCUGGCCCCCAAAUAUGCAAAUUCCUAAUGCUCCGUCUGCAUCAAAUAUAAAGGUUGCUCCAUCUUUUAAAGUCCCUUCAAGUACACCUGGAUGCCAAAAUAUUUCAGUUGAUAAAAUGAACGUUCACAGUGGAUUCUCACAUGGGGGACAGGCACCAAUGGAUGGCAAUAUGACCAUUAAUAAUGCUUUAACUGGAGGAAUUAGUCAACCUGGUGGCAGCAGAGUGGAAAGUUUUGGUGACUUCCAAGGGAACAGGGUUCCGUCUGUGAGUAGGGGUUUUGCUCCAUCUAGCGGAUAUCAAACAUUGGCAGGUGAAACAAUGGAUGGUCCAACCUUCUUUUGGAAUGGAGGAAAGGUGUCCGCAGGUUAUAAUGUUGACAUGGCUGAUGCUUUCAAGGAUUAUGCUGCUAAUCAAAGCAAUGGGGUUCACUUGGAUUCUUCUUUUCCCAAUUAUGAUUCAGGGAAACCAAAACUCGAUUUAUCUGAAUCGUGGAAUACAAAGGGAAAACAAAAGGAACUAGGCGAGACAAGCAUGAUGGUAAACCCAGGGGAUAAAGUGUACGAAAUGAUGGGCUUGCUUCUUCAUGGUGGAGGAUGCAAGACUGUCUCCCUCAAAGUAACAGUGGUGCUUCCUCAUCUGCAUGGUGUCCACCUUCUCAAGUCAUGACAGGGUUGAAUGGAUUUCAGACCAUUGAC